AUAAGGUUUAUAUGACAACAGGGAAAAUCGUGAUUGUAGUAAAGAUGCAUAAGUGUUGUCUUCCUGAUUUUCUCAUGUUGUCAACUAAUUAUGCCGACGUUUCUAUCUUCACAAAUUAUGCAUAACUUCGAUUUCUUCUUUCUCACGUCGGAAUCCUUUAUUGAUGGUUUAAACCUUCUUUUAUUCUGUCUGUUUAUUCUGAACGGCAGGUUAUAUUCCACUUCUAUUGGCUGCUUAUCCACUUCGUUGCUAAUAGACUGGACAUUUGUAAGGUUGUACAAAAAUACUAAAUUUGUAUCACGUAAAAUUUUGUCGGACAGUCACGUGACAGCUCGGCUUAUUCUGGUAUUAUAUUUCCACCCCUUUUAUAUGCUUCCUUUUUUAUACCUGUUGUGAUUGCAUUCGUCUUUACAACCAAGUUAAAAGAAAUAAGCUAUCAUUUAUUAAAUAAUAAAGAGGUUAUUCAAAUAAAAGUAGUGUAUUGUAUUUCACAGCAUCAUAUUCAUUCUACAUUCAGUUUUAAUAAUAGUCAUUAUUAGA